UUUUUAAAGAGGGCGAAGGAGGAGGCGUCACGUGGUAUCAAUGUUGAGGCGGAAAUGAAAGUUGAUUAACAACAGAAGGAGAACACGGCUGCAGAAGCUGUGUUGUCAUGGCAGCGACCAGUGUGCCGGAGCCAGCGGUGCCCACCACGCUGAAAAGUCCCAGUUGAUCUUAAAAGUGGUUUCAGCGAAGCCCCAGUUCUCCAAGCUGCCAAACAGUCCCACUCGGCUGAACUCCUUUGUUGAGGUGACGGCUGAUGGCCUGACCAGUGAAAGUAAGGAAAACAGGAAAACGCAGCGGACAGCAGGAGCUGCAGUGGAAUGAAGACCUGGUCCUACAUGUGACGCCUCAGAGUCAUCUGGAUCUCAAGCUGUGGACGUGCCACACUUUGAGGAAGGAGCUACUGGGCAGCGCCACCAUCGACCUGCUGGACACACUGCAGACUCACAAUGGCAAAAUGGACAAUGUUCAGCUCAGUCUGGUGCUGCAGAUGGAGAACAAAGGCUCAGUUGUAGUUGGAGGCGAACUCAACGUCUCUCUGGACGGCAUGGCUGUUGAUCUGGGCUCGCUGCCCAAUGGCAGCAUGGACACAGACAAAGUCCUGCAGUCAGACAGAGCCAGUCUGAGGAGGACACAGAGUGAGGACACUCCCAGCAGAGAUGGAUCUCACAGCAGGAGGAGUAAACGGCGCUCAGUGGGGGGUUCACAGGGGGGCUCUCCCCUGUGCUCCAGAGGGGAGGAGCUGAAUGAGGAGCAGACCCUGGGCUCAGGGUCCUCUGGUGACGGCUGCUCCUCCAGCAGCCCUGCAAAUGGCACCGUUGAGUUGCCAUCCAGUGGUCUGGAGAGCAGUCCCUGCAGUGCGACUCAUCCUGACUCUGUGACGUCUUCUCCACCCGGUCCAUCCCCUGCUGCCAGCAGCAGCGGUCCUUCAACACUUCAGGAUGCUGCGAGUCCACCCGCGCAGGUGGAGCCUGCUGCUGCCAACACGUCUGACUCCUCCACAGACUCACUCCCAGCUGGCUGGGAGCAGAGGGUGUUGCCUCAUGGCAGAGUGUACUACGUUGACCACAACACCAAAACCACGACCUGGGAGAGACCGCUGCCACCAGGCUGGGAGAAGCGGGUGGACCAACGGGGCAGAUUCUAUUAUGUGGACCACAACAGCAGAACCACCACAUGGCAGAGGCCCACGGCUGAAUCUGUCAGCAACUACCAGCAGUGGCAGAGCCAGCGCAACCAGCUACAAGGCGCAAUGCACCAGUUCAGUCAGCGGUUCCUCUACCAGUCUCCUGGCACUGCUGUGGAAAACGACCCUCUGGGCCCGCUGCCUCCUGGAUGGGAGAAACGUCAGGACAAUGGCAGAGUCUACUUCGUCAACCACAACACACGGACCACACAGUGGGACGAUCCACGGACCCAAGGGAUGAUAAAGGAGCACCCCCUGCCCCCUGGCUGGGAGAUGAAGUACACCGCAGAGGGAGUCCGCUACUUUGUGGACCAUAACUCACGCACCACCAGCUUUAAAGACCCCCGACCCGGGUUUGAGUCAGGCUCAUUCCAAGGCGGUUCUCCAGGAGCCUACGAUCGCAGCUUCAGGUGGAAAUACCACCAGUUCCGCUUCCUGUGCCACUCCAACGCCUUGCCGAGUCACGUGAAGAUCUCUGUGUCCAGACAGACGCUGUUUGAGGACUCGUUCCAGCAGAUCAUGAACGUGAAGCCGUACGACCUCCGCCGGAGACUCUACAUCAUCAUGAGGGGAGAGGAGGGGCUGGACUACGGCGGCAUCGCCAGGGAGUGGUUCUUCCUCCUGUCCCACGAGGUCCUGAACCCCAUGUACUGUCUGUUUGAAUAUGCCGGCAAAAACAACUACUGCCUCCAGAUCAACCCAGCUUCCUUCAUCAACCCCGACCACCUCACCUACUUCCGCUUCAUCGGGCGCUUCAUUGCCAUGGCCCUGUACCAUGGCAAGUUCAUCGACACUGGUUUCACGCUGCCGUUCUACAAGCGAAUGCUGAACAAGAAGCCCACACUCAAAGACCUCGAGUCCAUAGACCCCGAGUUCUAUAACUCCAUCAUGUGGGUCAAGGAAAACAGUCUGGAGGAAUGUGGCGUGGAACUCUACUUUGCACAGGACAUGGAAAUCCUCGGCAAAAUUUCCACCCACCAGCUGAAGGAGGACGGCGAGAACGAGCUUGUCACUGAGGAAAGCAAAGAAGAAUACGUCAGCCUGCUGACAGACUGGAGGUUCACCCGUGGCGUGGAGGAACAGACCAAAGCCUUCCUGGAUGGCUUCAAUGAGGUGGUUCCUUUGGAGUGGCUGCGGUACUUUGAUGAGAAGGAGCUGGAGCUGAUGCUGUGUGGGAUGCAGGAAAUAGACUUAGCCGACUGGCAGAAAAACACCAUCUACAGACAUUACACCAAGAACAGCAAGCAGAUUCACUGGUUCUGGCAGGUGGUGAAGGAGAUGGACAAUGAGAAGAGGAUCCGUCUCCUUCAGUUUGUCACUGGAACCUGUCGGCUCCCUGUUGGUGGCUUUGCUGAACUCAUAGGAAGUAACGGUCCCCAGAAGUUCUGCAUCGACAAAGUGGGGAAGGAGGCUUGGCUUCCAAGAAGCCACACAUGCUUCAACCGUCUGGACCUGCCGCCCUACAGAAGUCUGGAGCAGCUCCGAGAGAAACUCCUGUUUGCCAUCGAGGAGACGGAGGGAUUUGGACAGGAGUGACCCGGGACAUCCUGCAGACAUUCACACAGCGGGAAUCACAGCGCAAAUUAAUCAGCCGUCCACUCACCUGCGGGCCUGGAUUUGGGGGGGGGGGGGUCAUGAAUCUAGACGCAGGCUGUUGUAAGUGGGCAUGGUCAGAGCUUCUCAUCCACCCUGUCAACCUGACUCACACCUCAGAAUCACAACCGACAAAUCCAACAUCUUACACGUACGAGACAAACUGUUGUAUCUCUGAUAGAGGCCAGCAGGAUGUGAUUUUUUUUUUUCUCUCAUAAUUGUGAAAUUUCUCCUGUACAUAGAUAAAAUAAAUGAGAUUUAAAUCUUGAA